UGGUUAGACAAAAAGCAUGUCAAUCCAUGUCUUGUUUCCGUUAUGCCUCUUCGAUCCCUCCCAUUUCCACAGUGACUCUCCGGCAGCUGAGCUGCAGUCAGUCUUGUCUGUGAAAAACAACGAGGCAAAUGUGAAGUGUGGGACCGGGGAAACUAGAGCACCAAAGGAAGUAUAAGAUUAAAGUCUACAUACUAUAUAUUUGUACUCCGCGUGCAGUAAAACCUCGCACCCUCUCUACCUGCGUUGAAAAUUGUAACGUUAUACUUUACUGCGCGGUUGAUCUGAUUAUCAAAGGUUAUGCUGUUGCACCGACUCGACAUCUUCGCUCUGCCUGCCGCGGCAUAGCCAGCGGUUAUCAGUGAUUUCAUUGAUUGAUAUCAGGAUUUCGUGUUGGCCUAGUCUUUUCCAGCAAUAGUCUACUCGCGUAGGGCAAUGGACUGAACGUUUUGUUGAAAAGGAACUUUUUUUGUGUUGACUAAUAGUUUAACUUCCGAACUACUCUGAAUCGACCUGAAAAUGUCUAAUACAAAGUUCAAAAAGGAUAAAGAAAUCAUUGCUGAUUACGAGAGUCAAGUUAAAGAGAUCCGUGCCCAGCUGGUGGAGCAGCAGAAAUCCCUGGACCAGCAGACCGAGAUGAGGGUGCAGCUCCUCCAGGACCUGCAGGACUUCUUCAGGAAGAAGUCGGAGAUCGAGAUGGAGUACUCCAGGAACCUGGAGAAACUGGCUGAACGCUUCAUGGCGAAGACGCGGAGCACCAAGGACCACCAGCAGUACAAGAAGGACCAGAACCUGCUGUCACCGGUCAACUGCUGGUACCUGCUGCUGAACCAGGUGAGGAGGGAGAGCAAGGACCACGCCACCCUCAGUGACAUCUACCUGAACAACGUCAUCAUGCGCUUCAUGCAGAUCAGCGAGGACUCGACGCGCUUGCUCAAAAAGAGUAAGGAGAUAACGUUUCAGCUCCAGGAAGACUUGAUGAAGGUCCUCAACGAGCUCUACACUGUGAUGAAGACCUACCACAUGUACCACACGGAGAGCAUCAGCGCCGAGAGCAAGCUGAAAGAGGCGGAGAAGCAGGAGGAGAAGCAGAUCGGCCGGGCCGAGCCCGUCUUCAGUAUCCGUCUGGAGGACAAGCACCAGAGACGCAGCUCCGUCAAGAAGAUCGAGAAGAUGAAGGAGAAGCGCCAGGCCAAGUACUCUGAGAAUAAGCUGAAGUCAAUCAAAGCGCGAAACGAGUACCUGCUGACGCUGGAGGCGACAAAUUCCUCCAUCUUCAAGUACUACAUCCACGACUUGUCUGACUUAAUUGAUUGCUGUGAUCUGGGCUACCACGCCAGCCUGAACCGGGCCCUGAGAACCUACCUGUCAGCGGAGUACAACCUGGAGACUAGUCGCCACGAGGGCCUGGACAUCAUCGAGAACGCCGUGGACAGCCUGGACCCCCGCAGCGACCGCCAGCGCUUCAUGGAGUUGUACCCCACUGCUUUUUGCCCGCCCAUGAAGUUUGAGUUCCAGCCCCACAUGGGCGACGAGGUGUGUCAGAUUGCGAUGCAGCCCCCGGUGAAUGGCGAGCUAAUGCUGAGGUUCCAGCAGCUCCAGUCCCGCCUGGCCACUCUCAACAUUGAGAACGAGGAGAUAAAGAAGACGUCAGAGGCCACCCUGACCACCAUCCAGGAUAUGGUGACCAUCGAGGACUAUGACGUGUCCGAGUGUUUCCACCACAGCCGCUCCACCGAGUCGGUCAAGUCCACCGUGUCGGAGACCUACCUCAGCAAGCCCAGCAUCGCCAAGCGGAGGGCCAACCAGCAGGAGACGGAGCAGUUCUACUUCAUGAAAUUCCGGGAGUUUCUGGAGGGCAGCAAUCUCAUCUCCAAACUGCAGGCCAAGCACGACCUGCUGAAGAGGACUCUGGGAGAAGGUCACAGAGGGGACUAUAUGACCACAAGGCCUCCCAAUGUGCCGCCAAAACCUCACGGUGGCACGAAUAGGAGAGCUAGGCCCCGCUCGGUCUUUAACGUCAAGUUGUUUAAUGGCAAUCUGGAGUCCUUUGUCAAGGACUCUGGACAAGCUAUCCCCCGCGUGGUCGAGAGCUGUAUUCGAUUCAUCAAUCUGUAUGGCCUUCAACAUCAAGGGAUAUUCCGUGUGUCCGGGUCUCAGAUGGAAAUCAAUGACAUAAAGAACUCAUUCGAGAGAGGUAACGACCCGUUGACAGAUGACGAGAACAACCACGACAUCAACUCAGUGGCCGGUGUUCUCAAACUCUACUUCCGGGGCCUGGAAAAGUCCCUCCUGCCCAAGGAAAGAUUUAACGACCUCCUCUCCUGUAUCAGAAUAGAGAACCUGUAUGAAAGAUCCCUGUACAUCCGUAAGAUCCUCCUGACCGCCGUGCCCAGGUCUGUCCUCGUCGUGAUGCGCUACCUCUUCGCCUUUCUCAACCACCUGUCCCAGUACAGUGAUGAGAACAUGAUGGACCCCUAUAACCUGGCAAUCUGCUUCGGCCCCACCCUCAUGCCCACGCCCAACAUCGAGGACCAGGUGUCAUGCCAGGCGCACGUCAACGAGGUCAUCAAGACGGUCAUCAUCCACCACGAGACCAUCUUCCCCGACGCCAAGGAGCUGGACGGGCCCGUCUACGAGAAGUGCAUGGCCGGGGGAGACUACUGUGAGAGUCCCUACAGUGAACAUGGGGCCAUUGAGGAGGUGGACAACGAGGGAGGGACAGAGACACAUACCAGCGAGGACGAAAGUGAGCCCAUCGAAGCGAUCGCCAAAUUUGACUACGUGGGACGCUCGGCCCGCGAGCUGUCCUUCAAGAAGGGCGCCUCCCUGCUGCUGUACCAGCGGGCAUCGGACGACUGGUGGGAGGGCCGGCACAACGGCAUCGAUGGCCUGGUGCCUCACCAGUACAUUGUGGUGCAGGACAUGGACGAUAAUUUCUCAGACACACUAAGUCAGAAGGCUGACAGUGAGGCCAGCAGCGGUCAUGGAGCUGAGGACAAAGACAUGUGUUCAGGCAAAGACAUGGGCUCCCCUACAGACACCAAGAUCCCUGACGCCUACAUUGGCAGGCACAGAAAGAGGACGGAGCCCCCAUCCCGCCGCCCCCCUGUCCGCCCCAGUGACGUCCACUGCGUAGUGCACUCCCAGCAGAUCCACGGGGGCCAGGUUCACACCCCUGAGAUGGGUUCUCCGGUGCUAGGUCACUCCUUCAGCCCCCGGGAUCUGCUGCGGAGCCGCAACCACGGCCAGCUGCCCAUGGACAGCCCAGAGCGCCGGCGGCGUACCGGCCACGGCAGCCUGACCAACAUCAGCCGCCACGAGUCGCUGAAGAAGAUGGAGAGCCCGCCCAUCCGACGCUCCACGAGUUCUGGCCAGUACACAGCCGUGUUCCAGGAGCCCCACCCACACCCGCACGGUGGUGGCGGCAAGCCCCUGGACCCGGAGACCAUCGCACAGGACAUAGAGGAGACAAUGAACACGGCGCUGAACGAGCUGCGGGAGCUCGAGAGGCAGAGUUCAGCCAAGCACGCCCCCGACGUUGUGCUGGACACUCUGGAGCAGAGGCAGUCGACCGGGGGCCCCACCCCAGCUAGUUCCAGCGAGUCCCUCAGCCCCCUCCACAACAUCCUGCUGAGGGCCCAGACCGGCGGGGCCGGGGGGGCGCCGAUGCGCCGCAGCACCAGCUCCUCCAGUGACACCAUGAGCACCUUCAAGCCGGUGGUGGUGCCCCGCAUGGGGGUGCAGCUCAAGCCGCCCGCUCUGAGACCAAAGCCCCUGGUUCUGCCCAAGACGGGCCCGACCCACCUCCCCGCCGCACCCCCUCCCCAGGACCCCCUGGACAAGUCGUGCACCAUGUGAACGCUGAACUCUGGGACGGGAGCAGAGGCCAAUGGGAUACAGUAGCAACAUGUUAUCGAUGUCUAUAGAUUCUAAUAAUAAUUAUAACAUUGUGAGGACAGUAUAAGAACAGUCCAUUGCCUGGACAUUGAUUAAAGAGAUCUGAGACAUUCAAGUAAGCAAGGAUGCUGUAUUUGUUUUCUUUGUGAGGUGGAUUUGUUUUCUUGCAGUGUCUAGAAGUUAACCACAUUUAUUGACAACGACAACAUAGGGAUAUUCUCUGGUCUGCUAAACAGACUGAACUACCACAAAGAAAAGGGCAUGUUUCAGUGUGAAUAUUUUCAACAGACAAAUAGUUUGUCAAGAUCAUGUGGAAAAUACUGUAGAAUCUGCUGAAAUGCCUUGCAUCGCUAGAUAAGUCAACUUUUUCUUCAUCAUUACUAUACACCGUAACAAAUCACAAAGGCUUCCUUCGAGGUUACAGAAACUAGAGAACUACAAAAGAAUGAACACUAAAGAAACAAAGUGGUGCACGUUUUGUUUACUACUCAGCCAGGGGAACUAUGGGAAAUGUAGUCCGUGUCGGCUGUGACUGGAGUUCGCUUCUCACUUAGAUGAAAAAUACUUAGGUUUAGAGUACUGAUCGUAAGGCCUUACUGCCACUCAGAAAUAUAAGCUGUCAAUAGUGUUCAAACCACCAAUCGAAAGCUGCUGGAAGUAUGGGUGUAGCUAACUAAUAUUUAUAGCUGAGAUUGAAACAGAGACUGAAGCAGGGAGUGGAAGAGUCCAGAUAUGUGUGUGAUCAUAAGGGUACACUCAUAUAUAUAUAUGAAUUAUGAAAACUUGUACAAGAUAUAAGUUGUACAUGUUGAUUUCACAUGGCUUUAUUUUAACACAGCAGCAUCGUUCUAAACAAGGUCUGGAGGGAGACGAGGAUACAACCACUAUGUGAAAUAUUACCCAUUAUGGAAAUUCUGUGAAAAUUGUUAUAUACUCCUAAAGACCUGUGUCGAACCUUCGUUGGCCUUCUGUUUUUAGAAUCAAGGGGCCGGUUGAGAAUGGUUUGCUGUACUAUAGACGCCCCACAAUGCAUAUGACCAAUGUUAUACACAACACACAAGAGCUUGCUUUACUGUACAACAACACACAAUGCCUGGCUUUCUCUGUCCAAAUGAAUCAUAGUUUUAGAGCAUGGAUGUUACUCUCUCUUUCUCUCCUUGUGCAAGACUCCAGAAACUUGUGGAAAGACUCACGGCAACUCUCCCAACGACGGAGUGCUGCCAGUAGCCAUGGACUAACUGACUGUUACUGUAAAAUACUACCUUGUUCAUCAUACUGCUUCUUGUGUUUCUUGUCAAUGUCAGUGUGUGAGGAGCUUUCUAUCCCAAUAGCCCCCUCUGACCAUGUAGGCUAAUCCUUGUGUUGUGGAUAGAGAGAUGGGCUGGUCCAUUACUCUGUGGGGGAGAUGUGACUGAUGUUUAGAUUCUCCAUCAGGAAUUUGUCAUUACAUGUAUGUGAUAAACCCCCUCUUGAAUGAUUGAUUUGGUCCUGGGGAAUACAUACUCGCAUGUUCACUGAAGACCAUGUCACAUGAUGUGGGUGUAUGUGACAACUGACCACCAAGGGAACUGGCCUACUCAUACUGGAACUGAAUGCCCCCCUGUUUUCCAAUUCUGUGACAGUGCCCUCUAGAAGUCUGUCUGUGUAGCUGAAGAAAGAAGACUGAUAGGUGCAUGUGUGGGGAAGCUUGCAUCUGGUUAAAGAGCAAGGACAAACAAAAACAAAUUCCCAAUAAGCAAUGUUUUCCUUGAAAUACAAACUGCAACAGGUUUAUUUUUGUCUAUUGCAAAACAUUUAUGUAUAUUAAAAGUGAAUAUGAUCUGAAUUCUGGAUUUACAACCCUUUUUUCUGAGUUCUGUAAUGUUUAUUUGUUUACGAUUUUAGUUUUGUUAGAAUUGGAUAGGAUUUUUUGAACGAAGGAUGUAGAAAUUCAAAAAUGUCUUAAGUUGCAGGUGUCCCACCCAAACCCGGAUCGUAUUCAUUCGACACCAAAUGGAAGAGAACUGACAAACGGAGGGAGUACCAAGAAGAAACACUCAUUUAGUUUUCCGUUUUGCUACAGUGUCUCCUAAUGAACAUGACCCUGUUGUAUUCUGUGUUUUCUCUCUAUGCCAAUCAUACACAGUAGUAUCCUGCCUGUUGACUAACCUUGUGUCCUUGUACAUCUGUAGUAUGUACACGUGAAAGUGCCUUUGAAAAUGUUUUAGAGGAACUUGAACUAUGUUCUGUACUGUUGCAUUCUCAUUUCAGACCCUGUGUUAAGAGCAGUAGGAAGCGAGAUGAAUGAAUUAAUAAUGAUGAUGCCAUUUUAGAAAAAGUUAUUAAUUAUUGAAUAAUAAAGAUACUGCUUAUACAUUGUGACAAUGCACUUUUAUGUAUAGAACUGUAUAUUUGGCAUGAAAUAUCUUAACUUUUAGAGCUAUUUGAGGGUUGUUCCUCAAGGGUUUUUCUUUCUAAUAAAGGCAAUUGUUCAGUCUGAA